AUGGCUCAUUCCCCUAAGGAAGCCCUCAUUGCUGCCAAACAAGACCUGUUGGCAGCCUACAGCACCGUCCACAGUUCGCUCGGGAGAUUGAUCAAUCUCAUCCACAGCUCCGAGCCACGCGCGGUGGCUGAUGCCCUCGGCUCCGAUGAGGAGGAACACCACAAUGGCGCGGCUCCCUUCUACAACAACAACCCUCCCCGCCAGCCAACCACCAUCCCCACUCCGCCGGGCUCAAUCCCUGGCGGGAAGAAGAAGAGAGUCAAGCGCGAGCGUGACCCAAAUGCCCCCAAGCGACCAGCGUCUGCCUAUAUUCUGUUUCAGAACGCCGUCAGACAGGAGAUGCGUGCCGCAAACCCUACUGCGGACUACAAGGAACUGGCCAGGCAAAUCGGCGACCGAUGGAAAAACCUGAGCGAAGAGGCCAAGCGGCCCUGGUCGGAAGCAGGAAAACUGGCGAUGACUUCCUGGAACAUCCAGAAUAAGGAGUACAAGACCUCCCACCCCGAGAUCACCUCCCCGCACAACCAAACUGCUGUGCACUCAGCCCCCGCGCCACGCAAGAGGAGGUCUCGGGCGGCCGAAGUCGACGCGCAAGGGAACCCCUUGCCCAAGAAGCGAGGCAGGCCGAGCAAGGCUGAGAAGGAUGGCCCCGUCGACCAUCCCAUGCAUCCUCCUCAUCAUGUCCCCCAACAGUCGAAGCCGCCUGCCGCUGGCCAGCCUUCUUCCAUGGCACAGGCACAGAUGAACGCCGCCCCCCAAGUCUCUCCACAGAUGGAGCCUCACUCCGACUCCGAUAUGGACGAGGGCGAGGACGACGAGGGAAGCGAGGCCAGGUCCCCCGAACCCAACCACCCAGUCAACAAGAUGGCCGUCCAACCAAACGGCAUCCUCGCUUGA